AUGCCUUCCUCCAACCAGUAUAUCGAGUUGUGCUCGAGACCAAAGGCCAAGGUCGCCGGGGGACGGUUCGUGAUUCAGAGGGAUCACAUUGGCGAAGAUUCCGAUGUUGCCAGCAGCGAUACAAUCGAGCUGGCCGAAGACUUUCCACUCACCAACACCGAAACCACCCGCGAUUCUCAUGGGAAGGAAGUGAUCCUACUGUCCUUUGUCCCCGGAGACCCCGAGAACCCCUUCAACUGGAGCGUCCAUCGCCGGCGCUUCAUUUCUGCUCUCCUGUGUCUGAUGACGCUGUUCAUCGGACUGGCGACGACGGCGUACAGCUCAGGAAUCGGUCGAAUGUGCAGGGACUUGGGCGUGUCACAGGAACUUGGACAACUGGGACUGUUUACCUUCAACAUCACCUGCGCCAUCGCACCUCUAUUCUUGGCCCCUUUCUGCGAGCUCGCGGGCAGAAGGGUCGUGUACGUUGGUGCCUACCUCUGCUUCUCCAUCCUCUUUAUCGGUCUCGCCCUCGGGAAGAACAUAGCAACGAUACUGGUAUGUCGAGCACUCCUCGGCCUGUUCGGCAGUGUUGGCACGAUCCUGGUCGGGGGCACUUUCUCAGACAUGUAUCACGCAGAAGAGAGGGCACAGGCCAUGGCCUUUUUUUCGUACGUGGCUAUAUUGGGAACGGUCGCGGCGCCGAUCUACGCCGGCUUCAUCGACGAAACCAUCGGUUGGAGGUGGAUCGAGGGUAUCCAAGGGCUUUCCAACAUCCCGCUACUCACUCUGGUUGCAUUCGGUCUUCCAGAGACGCGAGGUGGGUUGGUGUUGCAGAAACGUGCCCACACCCUAGCAGCGGCGACCGGGAGCAACAACUUUGUCUCUCACAUGGACUUGGAGGCAAGGAGCCUCAAGGCUCUGGUGCACGAAUCCUCGGUGAAGGCCAUUCACAUGUUGCUCACGGAGCCCGUUGUGUUUUUGUUUGGUCUCUGGAUCGCGUUCGCCUGGACCAUCACAUUCCUCUUCCUCUCGGUCAUUUCCAUCACUUUCCAGGAGAAACGAGGAUGGAGCGAAGGAGUCGGCGGUCUGCCGUAUAUAUCUCUGUGCAUCGGGGCCACUUUCGGCUACUUUGCCAACAUCUUCCUGCAAAUGCGGAAAUGGUCACGAAUAGAGUCUGCUGCAGACCGCAAGAUAGUCCCCGAGGAUCGACUGUACGGUGCCAUGUCUGGCGCCUGGUUGCUCCCGGUGGGACUCUUCAUCUACAGUUUCACCCAGUACGAGUAUCUAUCCUGGGUGGGACCGGCCGUGGCUUUGGCUCCCAUAGCGGCAGGAAUCUUCUUCAUCUUUGAGUCCUGUUACAGCUACACGACGGAUUGCUAUGGGGAGGACAGUUCAGGCUCUGCGCUCGCCGCUCAGUCGUUCCUCCGCAACACGAUGGGUGCUGUGGCUCCUCUCUUUGCGUCGCAGUUUUUCCACAAUGUCGGCAGUCAGUAUGCUGGUCUGAUAUUAUCGCUCGUUGCAACACUCAUGGCUCCAAUACCGUUCGUGAUGUUCAAGUACGGACAUGUACUUCGUCGAAGAUCGCCGUUGGCAGAGCAUGAUUGA